CGGGGCGGCCCGGGGACUGGGGCGGAAAGGGCUGUUCCUGAGCCUUUAGAGCCCGCGGUGCCUGCGCCGACGCGGAAUCGGGUGCUUUGAAGACGCUAGGGGGCGUCUCCAGGCGGCUGCUGCGGUCGGGGACCGGUUUGUAGGCGGACCGGAAGUGCCCGGCUACACGGCGGAAUGGACCGUGGGGAGGCCCCAGUCCUGACCUGCCUGCGACUGCUGAGGCCGCAGCCAUCCGCCCCGCGUGAUCUGAACAGCGCUGUGUUCCAGCUCCCCGAGCGCCUGGGACCGCCACCCACAGAACAUGUUCCUGGCGCGUCUGACUUCUCAGCUUCUCAAGGCUGUCCCCUGGGCAGGCUGCAGUCGGCCCUGGCCUCUCUCAGGAGUGUUGGGCAGUCAUGCCCACAGGCCCCAGUACAGCACAAAGCCAGAGGGCCCAAGGAAGGCUGUCUCCCUCCCUGGUAAGGGGGCCCAGCUGGAGCUUGAGGAGAUGCUAGUCCCCAGGAAGAUGUCCAUUAGCCCGCUGGAGAGCUGGCUCUCUGCCCAGCACCUCAUGCCCAGACUGAAUGCUGGGGCCCCUGGGGCUGUGGCUGCAGCGGAGUUUUAUGAAUGUCCACCUAGUCAGGUGGGAGAAGGGGCCAAACAGAAGGGUGAAGGGGUCCAGGAUGCACCUUGCAUGCAGUGCAAAAAUGUGCUGAAGAUCCGCCGGCGGAAGAUGAACCACCACAAGUACCGAAAAUUGGUCAAGAGGACACGAUUUCUGCGGCGAAAGGUCCGGGAAGGACGCCUGAAACGGAAGCAAAUCAAGUUCGAGAGAGACUUGAAGCGCAUCUGGCUGAAGGCAGGCCUGAAGGAAGCUCCCGAAGGCUGGCAGACCCCCAAGAUCUAUCUGAAGAGCAAAUGAGUCUGGUUUCCCUGUCCCCUGCCCCUGUUGCUACUGGUGACCCGUUGUAAUAAAUGUGCAGAGGACUCAACUGUCUUGGGCUAGCUUGGA